CACUUGCCCUUACAGAAGGAACGAGCAGAGGAGGAAGGCAAUUCGCAGGACCAGGCUGUUUGGAGAGGAAGGGAGGAUGAAGGAAGAGCCAGAAUCAGUUGAUCAAGAAGCAAGAAAAGGCCCUGAUGCCACCGAGGCUGGGAGUGGAAGUGAACUGUGGGAAGGAAGACUGCGGAAGAGCCUGGGAGAGGAUUUUCCCCCUUCAGAUAUGCAGUGCCAGCAAUUCAGGCACUUCUGCUACCAGGAGGCCGAAGGGCCCCGAGAGGCUUACAGCCGACUGCAUCAUCUUUGCCACCAGUGGCUGAAGCCAGAAAGGCACAGCAAGAAGGAGAUCCUGGACUUGGUGGUCUUGGAGCAAUUCCUGGCCAUCCUGCCUACCGAGAUGCAGAGUUGGGUCAGGGAAUGCGGGCCAGAGAGCAGUUCCCAGGCGGUGUCUCUGGCAGAAGACUUCCUCUCAACCCAGGCAGAUGCCAAGAAUCAGGGCCAGCAGGUGCAGGAAAAGAUUGCGCAGGAGCAUUACCAUGGAGCAGAUUUUCCAGGCGAGGCCUUGAAAGCAACAGUCUAUUCUUUGCCAUCUCCUUGCGCCAGAGAGAAAGCAGCUCCUGUACGGUCAGAUGGGACUCUGGUGACCUUUGAGGAGGUGCCAGUGUGUUUUUCUGAGGAGGAAUGGGCUCUGCUGAAUCCGGACCAAAGAAACCUUCACAAGGAAGUCAUGGAGGACAAUUGUCAGGCUGUGGCCUCUCUGGAGGCUGAUGGUCUGCAGGAAAAACCUGAGAAAGAACCACAAGAACUCCCAUCGGAAAGAGAAGAGCAGAGAAGAGAUAAUGGAACGAGACGGAAAAGGGGGAGUGAAUCCUCUGCAUCUCAGGUUGCUGAAUCCCAGGACAUCCUGCCACACCAUACAGGAAUCAUUUGCCCCAUGUGUGGGAAAAAAUUCAUUCAUCAAUCAGUGUUUGAUGUGCACUGGAGAGAACACACAGGGGAGAAACCCUAUAAAUGUGUGGACUGUGGAAAGAGAUUUGCUCAUUGUUCCAGACUUAGUGUCCAUCGACGCAUCCACACAGGGGAGAAACCACAUGAGUGUGCGGACUGUGGAAAGAGCUUUGCUCAGAAUGUACACCUUACUGUCCACAGACGUAUCCAUACUGGGGAGAAACCAUAUAAAUGUGUGGACUGUGGAAAGAGCUUUGCUCAGAGUGGACAGCUUACUGACCAUCAACGUACCCAUACAGGGGAGAAACCAUAUAAAUGUAUAGACUGUGGAAAGAGCUUUUCUGUGAGUACAAAACUUACUGUCCAUCGACGUAUCCAUACAGGUGAGAAACCCUAUAAAUGUGUAGAUUGUGGAAAGAGCUUUGCUGUGAGUACAAAACUUACUGCCCAUCGCCGUAUCCACACAGGGGAAAAACAAUAUGAAUGUGUGGACUGUGGAAAAAGCUUUGCUCGGGGUACAGACCUUACUACCCAUCGACGUAUCCAUACGGGGGAGAAACCAUAUAAAUGCAUAGACUGUGGAAAGAGCUUUGCUCGGAGUACAGACUUUACUGUCCAUCGACGUAUCCAUACAGGUGAAAAACCAUAUAAAUGUGAGGACUGUGGAAAGAGCUUUGCUCGGAGUAAAGACCUUACUGUCCAUCAACGUGUCCAUACAGGUGAGAAACCAUAUAAGUGUUUGGACUGUGAAAAGAUCUUUGCUCGGAGUAAAGACCUUACUGUCCAUCGACGUAUUCAUGCAAGGGAGAAAUCAUAUAAAUACUGAGUGUGGAAGAAACACUUAGAUACAAAUUUAAGUCUAAAGUGUUGGGAGCCAGUUCGGUAUAUUGGUUAAGAGCGGCAGGACUCUAAUCUAGCAAACCGGGUUUAAUUCCUCAGUUCUCUGCUUGAAGUCAGCUGGGUGACUGUGGGUCGGUCAUAGCUUCUUGGAGCUCUCUCAGCUCCUCCCAUCUCACAGGGUGAUUGUUGUGGGGAUAAUAAUAACACACUUUGUAAACGGCUCUUAUUGCGUGUUAAGUUUUCCUGAAGGGCGGUAUAUAAAUUGAAUGUUAUUGACUUGUACGUUAUUAACUUGUUUUCUAUCAAAAUUAUUACACAGGAGAGAAAAACCUAGUCUUUUGAGGUUGUGUGAAGGGCAACCAUCUUUUAAGGGGGGAGGAAGCAAUAAAAUGUAUAUUUCUUUUAAAUAGGAAGUUUUAAAAAUCGUUUUGUAAGCUGCCUUGUACUAUGUGGAACGGCUGGGUGUAAAUGGUAUA